UGCAACCACGUGGGUAAGGGCGUAUUGGACCACGCCCAUGCAAUGGAGAAUCACACCACUCGACUGAUCCAUUGGCCCAUUCUUCUUUCUCUUAAACAUGGCGACUGAUAAACCUGCUAGGGUCUGUACUGUUAUUGGUGGGUGUGGGUUUUUAGGACGACAUAUGGUAGAGAAGUUACUGGCCAGUGGUUACCGGGUCAAAGUGUUUGAUAUCAAUAGAAAUGAUGAUACUAAUGACUCCAUUACUUACUAUACUGGAGACAUAUGCAACAAGCAGGAUUUGUUGUCGUCACUACAAGGCAGUGAUAUUGUGUUCCAUCAUGCUUCGCCUCCAGCAGCUGCUAAUGAUGAGUCCUUGUUUAAUAAAGUCAACGUGGAAGGAACACAGUGUCUUAUUGAGUCCUGUAUAGAAUCAGGAGUUAAAAGGUUAGUUCUGACCAGUUCAGCCAGUGUGGUCUACAAUGGUUCUGAUAUUAAGAAUGGAACUGAGGAUUUACCUUAUGCUCACCCUCCAAUGGACUAUUAUACACAAACUAAGAUAAUACAAGAGAAGUUGGUUCUUGAUGCUAAUAACACUGAUGAGUCAAGGGGUCCUGUAUUAAUGACAGUAGCUAUCAGACCCCAUGGAAUAUUUGGCCCCCACGACAGACAGAACAUACCAGUAGUACUAAAUGCAGCAAAAAAUGGGAAAAUGAAAUUCAUUAUUGGGGAUGGUAAGAAUAUUGUUGAUUUUACUUAUGUUGAAAACGUAACUCAUGGACACUUACUGGCAGCGGAAGCUCUUCAUGAAGACUCUGUUGUGUGUGGCCAGGCUUAUAACAUUACUAAUGACGAGCCGCUCCCUUUCAAUGGCUACAUAUCCCAGCUGGUUGUUGGUUUUGGCUACCCUCCUCCUUCAAUCCACUUACCCUUUCACAUCAUUUUGAUACUGGCUGUGUUGCUAGGGUGGGUGUCAUGGUUACUGAGUCCCUUGGUAACCAUUAGACCAUUGUUCACUCCAAUGAGAGUUCGUAUUGCAGGCACGUAUCAUUACUACAGCUGUCAAAAAGCUAAAGAUCAUUUUAAUUAUAAACCGAUUUUCACUUUUGCUGAGGGAAUGGAGAAAUCCAUACAACAUUUUAAAAAUAAUAAUUGACACUUUAAAACCAAUUGACAAAAGAUUAAUGAGUUAUGUUCUAUUGUUUGCAAACUUUUAAACUGAUAAUUAAUUUAAAAACCAAAAAUAUGUCAAUAAUGAUCUCCACCUUGAGAUGAAG